AUGGCACAGCAAACUCAUCCAACCCCUUCCCCUCUAUCACUCGAAAAUUCCACACAACAUCUCUCGAUUGCAGAGAAAUUCCUCUCGGGCUGGAGAUCGGGAAAUACGAUCUCCACUGCCGACUUCUCAAAAGUUUAUACCCCAGAUGUAGUUUGGUUUGACCACUUCUUCCAGCUGCAUCUUGUCGGUACUGCGGCUGUGGACCAGCUACGACAACGUUGGUGCGGCGCUAUGGAUGACCUUUCUAUCGAUACUGUCGCGAUACUGCCUACUGCAGAGGGAGCUGUCGCUCAAGUGAUUAACAGGGGAAUUUUUGCACGGGACAUGCUGCCGAAACGCAAGGCCACCGGGAAGAGGUAUGCGUGCCAUGCCUGUUAUGUGCUGCGAAUCAAUGCAGAGGGGUUGGUGGAGAAAGUGGACGAGUACCAAACCAUGGCAUUUGACGAUGGAGUGGAUAUUGAAGGGUAUUCGAAAAGAGACGGUGGUCCGGUGAAAGACUUGGUACAGUAG